GCUCAGGACUCGGAGCGAAUCUAGGGUUUCCAUUCUUCGGCCGCAGCGCAAGACCCCCACCUCUUUUGCCAUUGGAAACUUUUGCUGCCAUUCCUUGUAUCGAAGGUUGCUGGUUUGAAAGCGAGGUGCUAGUGCCAAAAAGGCUCUCCCUCUCUGAUUUGCGCAUUGCAUUGACGGGACAAGAAGCAGCUGAACCGCAGUUCUAUCUAGUUUCUGGCUUGCGGCAAGAUGCUUGCGACUCCCAUGCUACAAUUGGGGGCGGUUUUUCAACCCUCAAUAGCAACUUGUCGAUCCUUUCACCAAGGUACGCUUUUUGGAGCUCAUUUGCAACCUCUGCCCCUUGUUUGGCCGUCCCAAAAUCAACUCUGCCAGUGCAGACCAGAGUCUGUGCAUGCAAGCACCCCCCUCGAAGCAAAGCAUGAAACAAGCCCCUCACAAAGAAGGAAUGCAUCUGAAGCAGUGGCAUCAGCAUUUUGGAAUGCGAGGUGUGAGUUUGGCGGAGCAAGGGAACAACAGGAUGGAAGGAGUCGGCAAGCCAGGAGAACUAGAUGCAGCGCAUUUGUAGCGGCCCCGGCCAGCCCCGAACGAAUGGAAGACGUAGAGGAAAACGGAGAGGUGCUGAUUGAGUGCAAAGACGUGUACAAGUCGUUUGGAGAUAAGCACAUUCUGCGUGGCGCUAGCUUCAAGAUCAGGCAUGGGGAGGCGGUGGGGAUCAUUGGGCCUUCGGGGACAGGAAAAUCGACCAUUCUGAGAAUCAUGGCGGGUCUUCUGGAACCAGACAAGGGUGAGGUCUGGGUCUGUGGCAAGAAGAGGGAAGGGCUGAUCAGCGACGAGGACAAUCCGCCGCUGCGAAUUGGGAUGGUGUUCCAGAGUGCGGCGCUGUUCGAUUCACUCACUGUGCAAGAGAACGUGGGGUUCAUGCUGUACGAGCACUCCGAUAUUCCAGAGGACGAGAUAAAGAGGCGAGUGACUGAGAGCUUGAUGCAAGUGGGGCUUUAUAACGUCGAGCAGCGGCUUCCGAGCGAGCUGUCCGGCGGGAUGAAGAAGCGCGUGGCGCUGGCACGUGCCAUCAUCUCGGACGCCCAGGAGGAGCGCUCAUCGGACGACCGGGAGGUGGUCAUGUACGACGAACCGACGGCCGGAUUGGACCCGAUCGCAUCGACGGUCGUGGAAGAUUUGAUCCGGUCGCUGCACGUGAAGAGCAUCAAUCCGGCGACGAAAGAGCCCGGAACGAUCGCGAGCUACAUCGUGGUGACUCACCAGCACAGCACGAUCCGGCGCGCGGUUGACAGGCUGCUUUUCCUCCACGAAGGCAGGGUCGUUUGGGAGGGGACCACUUCGGAGUUCGACACCUCGCAAGAGCCAAUCGUCAGACAGUUUGCGGAAGGCAACCUGAAAGGACCCAUUAAAUACUAGACAACAUGGACUUUGAGUCCAGAGGUAGCAUUUGGUGCUCGCGCUUAUCUAACAUGAAAUAAGCCUUGAAAUGCUGGAGUGUCUACAAUUACUCUUGUUGGCAGAAUUGGUUCAGGGGCAGUCGGAUGAUUCCGGCAGCGUGGAUGAUUCAAAAUGGAACUCGAGGUUAAGCAGUGGGAUCGAUUUGUGUUUGCGAUUGAAGCGUCGGUGAUUCCGAUUGACC